CAGAAAUCCAAAUACAAAAAAGGUUAGGAAGAACAUCUAAACUUAAUUAAAAUCCUCCGGAAUCGGACUGGGGACACCCCCGAACGUACUACUCAGCUUCACUCUGCUUGACUGCUGACCUUAAACUAACGCGAAAGUUUCUUCUUAGCGAAUCAAUUCGAGUGCAUCAAUGGCGGGUUCCGCUGUCCAGAGCCGUUCGCGUGACCUCGACAAACUCCUUCUUCGUCCCGGCCGCCUCGUUGGCCCAUCUUUCGAACCUGGCGAAGAACUGAGAGAUGAUAUCAAGGAGGUUGCUAAACUGUUAGUUGUUGGAGCAGGAGGAUUGGGUUGUGAAUUGCUAAAGGACUUGGCUUUAUCGGGGUUUCAAAAUAUUGAGGUAAUUGAUAUGGACAGAAUCGAAGUCACCAAUCUCAAUCGCCAAUUUCUUUUCAGACUUGAAGAUGUUGGAAAGCCAAAGGCUGAAGUUGCUGCAAAGCGAGUGAUGGAAAGAGUUAGUGGCGUGAACAUCAUUCCGCAUUUCUGUCGAAUAGAGGAUAAACCUAUAAGCUUCUAUAGUGAUUUUCACAUUAUUGUUCUUGGACUUGAUUCUAUGGAAGCUCGAGGCUACAUAAAUGCUGUGGCAUGUGGAUUCCUAGAGUACGACUGUGAUGACAACCUAAUAGAAGAAACAAUUAAACCAAUGGUGGAUGGUGGGACUGAAGGAUUCAAAGGGCAUGCAAGGAUUAUAAAACCAGGGGUCACUCCAUGUUUUGAGUGCACAAUUUGGCUUUUUCCUCCACAAGAAAAGUUUCCCUUAUGUACACUAGCAGAAACACCAAGAACUGCUGCUCAUUGUGUUGAAUAUGCACAUUUAAUUAAAUGGGAUGAGGUGCAUAGUGGCAAGAGUUUUGAUGCAGAUAAUCCUGAACACAUGCAAUGGGUCUACUCAGAGGCUGUUAAGAGAGCAGAGCUCUUUGGAAUUCCAGGAGUUACUUAUUCUUUCACGCAGGGUGUUGUGAAAAAUAUAGUACCUGCUAUAGCUUCGACAAAUGCUAUUAUUUCAGCUGCUUGUGCUUUGGAAACCUUGAAACUUGUCUCUGGAUGCAGUAAAUCAUUGUCCAAUCAUUUAACGUAUAAUGGAGUUGCCGGUCUUAAUGCGGAUGUCACGGAAUUUGUGAAGGACAAAGACUGUCUUGUUUGUGGUCCUGGUGUUCUUAUUGAACUUGAACCUUCAGUCACUUUGAAAAAGUUCAUUGAUAUGCUUGAGGAUCAUCCAAAGCUGUUGUUAACUAGAGCUAGUGUGACUUACCGAGGGAAGAAUCUGUACAUGCAAGCGCCACAAGUGUUGGAAGAAAUGACUCGGUCAAAUUUGGAUUUACCAUUGUAUGAUCUCAUGGAUAAAACAUCCAGGGAUGUUAUCCAUGUUAGUGGUAUGGCUGGGAAAGGUGAUACAAAGCAAUCUUCCUUGAGGAAAUUACGCGUCGCUUUCAAUGGAACUGAUGGAGUUGCUGACAUGGCUGAUGGGGAAUAACUCUCAAUCUGCAAUGCUCUUUAUCAUCCCACUUACGUGUAACAAAAUUCAGGGAUGAAAAAAGUAGCAACUGGCAAGUGUAGUCUGCAAACCAUUCCUCUUUUUUGUAAUAUUUCUCCUGGCAAUUUUUCAUUUCAAAAAGUCAUUUUGAACAAGAUUUUUAUUAACUAAUUUGUUAGGAAGCUAUUACAUCUUUACGCUGACUGCCUGAUUCAUAGUUGCAACCAUGUACUUGCAAUUUACUGCAUCUUAUCACUUGAGCAAUAUAAAUGAUCAUGGGACAUUGCAUCGGAUGAUGCAUGAAAGGCACGAACCACGAUAGUUUAUUUGACUUCUUGUAAAACAUUACCAAUGCUAUAUUUGACUUCAAUACCUUACUUCAAU